AUGAAGAUUUCAAGAUUUUUUGAAACCUAAACAAUAAUUAAUCAUCAUACCUCAAUUACCAAUUACCGUAUCUCUGGUCCAAAAAAGUCCAUACCAGGUUAAAUCCCCUGGUUCACUCAUAAUGUUAACUCUGCAAUUCGGUCAGUGCGGAAAUCAACUAGGGGACAUUUUAUUCAAGAAAAUAACCAAAGACCUGAGCUCAACAAGUCCAGGCACGUCCUUUUCUGAUUGUUAUGAGUACAGUGAAGCUGUCACAUCGAAAUGGUUCGAGGGUGCUGCCCAGGACGGACGGAUUAUAGCACGAGUCCUUCUAAUUGACACCGAGACAAAAGUCAUAAACAAAAUAAUCACGAAGAAUGAUGAAAAUUUCUGCUACCGAUCCAGGAACGUCAUUACGCCAGGAAAUGCCGGAGGAUCAGCCAACAACUGGGCCUUCGGGUACACCAGGAAGGGUCCAGAGUUCGAAGCCCUGGUGAUGGAGGCAGUUCGGAAGGAAGUGGAAAAAGCAGAUCGUCUCGACAGCUUUCUUUGUCUCCUCAGUUGUGCUGGAGGCACUGGAUCCGGUCUUGGAAGCUUCAUAACAUCCUCUCUUCGAGACGAAUUCCCUUUAAAAAACAUCAUCACAGCUGCAAUCCUCCCGUUUCCCUCUGGGGAGAUUGCCACCCAGAGCUACAACACAGUCCUUAGCCUUGCAAAAGUCCUCGAGGACUCCGAUCUCAUCCUCAUGCUGGAGAACCAAAAACUCAAUCACGAAAUAACUCAAAACUGCAAGAUGAAGAUUGACUUCCCAAGAGAUCUCAACGACAUCGCAGCUCAGAAAAUCCUGUCUGUCUUCCAACCAGCUCGGGACUUAUCCUCAGAUCGACUCAACGACGUCAACCACAUCAUCUCCAAGGUGUCCCCUCAUCCAGGAUAUAAACUAGCGAGUAUCGAAGCUGUUCCCCUCAUUCCAGACACUCAGAUCGUCUCAAUGUCUCACAGAACUUUCCAGAACUAUCCGACGCACUUUAAAACCCUCAGGAAGGAGAUUUACACCCCUCGAGGGGUAAAAAGCCUCUCCAACAUCCUGAUUACAAGAGGAACAGUCAAACAAAGAGGGAAGAAAAUGUUCUCUCCCGAUAAUGACGAUCCUGGGGUAAUUGAUCAAUUGAUCGAUCGGGACAUCUACUCUGAAAUAAAGUGGCUGCAGUUCAGGGAAAGAAUGACUCAUUUUCGUCAAAAGAGGAAUUUCUUGGGAAACGAGAGAUUCAGUUCAGUUAUUUCGAAUAAUUCGAGAAUAGCUGAGCCCUUGGAUGACAUUGUGUCUAGUGCAUGGAGGAUAUACACCCACGGGGCGUUUCUUCAUCAAUAUAAACAGUACGGUCUCGAGGACGACGAUUUUCUCCGGGCAUUUGCCAAAAUCGAAAGCGUAGUCAAGUCCUACAAAUCACUUGAGGUCGAUUGAGGUGACUCGACAACGUAUACCAUCCGUGCAACUUCUGCAUUGUCGUCACAAAGUUACGCCACCUCCCUCCCGUUAUAACAACGUCAAAGUAGCGCUAUCGAUCCAGGCAAGCUUUUUCUUUCUCUAGCUUCACUACCCGAUCACCCCACCAACCCAAUUGAAGGAUGUCUUCCUGUUACGUCACAACAUCGACCCACGUGCCAACCCCACCAGCGAUGACGAAGAAGAUGGAAUUAACGAGUUCCUAGAAACUACAAGACUUCCCCUUUAGUCAAUUUGUCGAGUUGACCUUGACAGAACUGAUGCAGAUUAUUGAAAUCCUUUUAAUGGAGUUAAAUAGGUAUAAAACCAUUUUCUUCUGGUGGAAAUACAUUUUUUAGGGAGAAAGAGAUUUUUUAUUUUUUUAAUUAUUACAUUUUCCUCGUUAAUAAAGAAAUUGUUUCUUUGUAUAUAAAAUUUAUGUAUAAAAUAGA